AUGUCGACACCGAGUGCACAGGAGCUGAUGAAGCGCAAGACGCUUGGAGUGGGUCCAGAGACUGUCACCAACCAGCAGUCUACGGACUUUCCAGGACACUGGCCUGGUGAGAACCAUGAAUGGGACUUGGAGUACUUCAAGAAUAACUUCAACGUCAGCUUCCACAAGCACUCACCCAAUAACACUGAAUUCUCUCUCACUGGUAUCGACACCUCGGUUGCCAACGCGUUUCGCCGCAUUCUCCUCUCCGAAAUCCCUACCCUCGCCAUAGAAGACGUCUUCAUCUACCAAAACACAUCCAUUAUCCAAGACGAGGUGCUCGCCCACCGCCUCGGUCUAAUCCCCUUGUGCGGCGACCGCGAGGGUCUACGCUGGAUGAAAUGGUACAAGAAACCUACAGACGACGAUGCAGGCUCAGGAACACCUGCCGAUUACAACACGGUAGUACUACGACUGGACGUAGAGUGCAAAUGGCAAGACGGCGGUCUACAGCGAGCAGUAGCCGGAGAAACCGACCCCGACAAGCUCUACGUCGGCCACAAUGUCUACGCUAAAGAUAUUGUCUUUGAGCCUCAUGGUCGCCAAAACGACGUGUUUGCGCAUAGCGAAGGAAAAGAGAUUCGAUCUACAAACCCGGACAUUCUCAUCGCCAAGAUGAGACCUGGACAGAGCAUAGCCUUGAGCAUGCACGCCAUCAAGGGCAUCGGACAAGACCACGCCAAGUUCUCGCCCGUAGCGACUGCUUCGUACCGCCUUAUGCCUACCAUCGAUAUCACGAAGCCUAUCAUCGGUGCAGACGCUAAGAAAUUCGCCCGCUGUUUCCCCCGCGGGGUGAUCAAACUCGACAAAGUCACCUCCGAAGACAUCCAGAAACAUGCUGAGCUAGAAGGCAAGGAAGGCGAGCCAAAAGCUGUAGUCGAGAACGCCAUGAACGAUACUGUUAGCAGAGAGUGCCUAAGGCAUCCCGAGUUUAAGGACAAAGUGAAGCUAGGCAGGAUACGGGAUCACUUCAUCUUCAAGGUGGAGAGCACAGGACAGUGGGAGAGUGACGAGCUGUUCUUGGAGAGUGUUAAGCUUCUUAAGAUCAAGUGUCAGAGAAUCAAGAGGGGGUUGGAUGAGAUGCAGAAAUAG